AUGUGCAAGACCGCAAGAGGUCUUAUUUUUGCAGACUGUGCCGGCUACGAGAAGGCGGUUUGUGAAAACCUUUGUGCGCGCCACGAUCGACCACAGCCUCCCUCAUUCACACCACCCGCUUCAGAGGUCGAGGCAGCAGCACUGACGGGACUGAGAAACAUCCAACGCCUGUUAAUGGGACUAAUGGCAAAAGAGGAUGUUCAAAAAUCACUAAAAACUGGUAUUCCAGAGUGGAACGGCAAAACAGUUGAACAACUGAUACAAUGCAUUCCAGAAACUCUCUAUGCGUGCGACAGACCGCAGGCAUUGUUUUACGGUGAAUCAGCUUCUAUCUUCAGAGCUCCUUUUAAGAACGCCUGCAAGGAUGCGUGCUUGUGUACUCUCAAACAAACAGAAGCCGUUGAGGAAUUUUUGAAAGGUCAGUCGCUGAAAGCCUCGUUCAGCACCUUUGAAGAUCUUGAAGUUGAACAGGAAUGCUUCUAA